AUGAAAAAUAAUAUAUUGGAUAGAUUAAAUUCCUCAGCACCUUCAAUCAUUAACCUAACAAAAGUUAAAGAUAAUGAAAGAAAAAAUAUUUUUAAAAAUCAUACUAAUCAUGAGGAAAUGAUAACAAUAUCAGAUACUAUAGAUAAAGUUGACAAUGAUUGGCAAAGGAAUGUAAUGACAACUCAAAGAAAUAUUCCACCAUGUAAUAAUAGUAUUUUUCAUGACUUAUUUGAUGAUGAUGAGGAGAUGUGUCGGAUAUGCCAUUCAGAAUCAGGUAUAUUAAUAUCUCCCUGUAUAUGCCAAGGAUCAAUGGGAUUUAUUCAUGAUAAUUGUCUUAUUGAAUGGAUAAAAACUUCUGGAAAAAGAACAUGUGAAUUGUGUGGUACUAAAUAUCAUGCCAAAAAAAAAAUGAUCUGGAAUUUUUUUAAAUGGUCCAAACCAAAUAUUGAUUGUUUAAUAUAUUUUAAGGCUAUUCUUGUAUUUUUAAAUAUAAUUUUACUACAAAAUUGUCUAUCAAUAAUAAAUGAAAGAAAAUUUUUUAAAAGAAUUUUUAUAAUGAAAUUACUCCCACGUUAUCAUGAUAUAUUACCACUAAUUACUAUGAUUAUAACGAUAAUCAUGUUACUAAGACUGGUAAAAUUUUUUAUUCAUGCAAUUAAACAAUAUUUGGAUAAACAAAAAGUAUAUAAAUUUACUAAUUUUUAA